AGAGAGAGACGCUGAAACCGUGCCACAGAUAGACCCAAAGAAAUGCGAUAAAAACGAGGCCACCGUUAGAGAGAUGAGGCUGCCGACCUUCUUCUUCCAUCUUCCAGUGCCAUUGCCGACAUUUAAUGUUGACACGAGGCUGUGAGGCUUCUCAUCAACACUCUUGGCUCUUGGAAACGAUAGCUAGCGUCUGGACCCCACACGUAGAUGGGGCCCCGAAUUCGUGGUGAUGUGUUUUUUUUUUUAUGAUUAUUUUGUGCAAUGAAUGUGAACGGCGUGAAUCGGCGAGUGAUGGUGAAUGCUAAUACAGCUCAGCAGGCGCUCCGAAGAGUCCGGUGAUUCGAGUGUGUAACGAGAGGCAAAGGCCAAAGCGAUCUGCCAACUCUUAUGGGCUGCAAAGUAUAAUUAUCAAAAUUGUUCAGAGUGUUGAAUCAUGCCUUGUGCCAAUAUUUGCCAGAUCGUUCCGAGAAACCUAGCUUUGGAUGAACCCAUGAAGGCAUAACGGUCAUGACUUCAGUUCACACCGAGGUUCGUAGCCCUCCAGGUCUUAGGCAUCCAAGUUCGCACCUCCAACACCAACACCACCACUUCAUCCACCAAAGCUUAUCUUCCACCACAACCACGACAACCAGUCUCGCAUCCUCGUCGACAUCCUCAUCCGGACACGCCCCGUCAGUUCUUCAAAGAAGAUCCACCUUUGAAGGCAACAAGGACGUUAUGAAACCUCAGCCCAAUCGGAGUAGCCAUUCCUUGGCUGAGAGCUCCCCUCUGAUUGCCAAGCCUGUCAAAGAGGGUCAUGUAUCUCUCAUUGCUAGUCGCUUUCAGCAGAAAUCUAGCGUGGACAAUUCCUCCACAAUUACCACAGCCCCCUCGGUUCCGACAGUCACUCACUCGACCUCAUCAGUUCGCCCGUCUUCCUCUUCUUCCGACCCUGCGAAGAAGGCCGAAGCAGGGUCGUCGAUAAGCUUGAACAACAGUAGGAAGACCUCCGAGAUCAUUGUCAAGAAUCCGAGUCGGGCCCCUUCCGAGGUAUCUGAAGACCGAAGCUCCUCGGAAAGAAUCUCUCCACUUCGAUCAUCUCCCAAGAAACCCGUCUCGAGGACAGAAAGUCAUCAUGCUAGGUUUAACACGGCUCGAGCCAUGUUUGAGAAGAUGGGAAGUGCAGAGGAGCUGGACAAUUCCACCCUUCCACCCAAGAAGGGGAGCUCCAGUCCCACCUCCCGUUCUUCUAGUGUGGGCCGAAGUGAUGUGAUGGGAGGUGGAGGUGUGGUUGACAUGGGCUUCAAACAAAGUUCGGCCUAUUUUCGAUCCCGGUCAUCCAGCCCCUUAAGUGCUUCUACAAUGUCCAACAAUGAUCGAAGUCCAAGCCGAGCUAAGAGUACCCCCUCACCCACAACAGAAGGGGUUGGCAGUCACAUGAAUGGGAACCUCAAUAGUUCCUUGCCAUCGUCAUCCAGCUAUCAGAAUGGAUUGGCCGAAACUGUCGGCCUGGUCAAGAGUCGUCGUUUGUCAUUCCAACAAAAGCAAAAUGAGUUGGGCCAGACUAAAACGGAACAGCCGGACCAUCAUCCUGUGAAACGGGUUCAAAGACCGUGGAUGAACACCAAUCAGAAUCAGAUCAAGUGCAGUAAUAGCAGCAAUGGUGAUGUGUCUUUGAAUGUGUCUACCCCAAGCAACAAUAACAGCAACAAUGACAGCACAGAUACGGCGAGCGAAAGUGUGGAUUCUUCCAGACGAAUCAGUGUUAAAAGUGGAAACGCCCCUUCAUUGCUUUCGUCGAAUGUCAAGGAGGUGCCUGCAAAAUCGGCAAAUCCCACCCUGACAACUCCGGUCAUUGAAGAGCCAUCCCCAUCUGCGAACUUGGAUUUGCCAGGCGAUCGCCGACCCUUGAGUGCAACUGCCUCGAACGCAUCAGACUCCAUCGAGGAUUAUAUCCGAAACUGGAAAAAGUCGCCUACUCGUUCUCCCGACGACAACUUAUCGAUGAGUGAUGACAAGAUUGAAGGCGACUCAAAAGAACCAUCCCUGUCGCCCGUUCAUAGCCCCAAAUCUAAGGACUCGCCCUCGCCACUCGGAUCAGGAUCAUCAAAUACGCACUCGUCCACAUCUGGAAUGAGUGCCAAGACUGCCACGCCCAACACUACCGGAAAAGUGUCCUCAUUCCGGAGUAAAUUCGAAGAAAUCCAAAGCACCACUGCAGCCAGACCUCCACCAGUGUCGCCUAAGCCCACGCCAGAUAUAGUGAAAAAAUUCUCGUUCAGCAAGGGUGCGGAUCAUCACCAGGGCCAAAACGAGCCCGUUCAAGACCAACAUUACACGGCGACAGCUUCGAUAACAACGACAACCAGAAUUGCUGCAGUAUCCACUUCCAGUGCAACUAUGACCAAUAAUAGUGCCAGUAACAGUAACAAUCACCAUCCUUAUUCGUCAGAGUUCGAAUUCAAAUCGUUGGAUGACCUCCGUUCCAAUAAACUCAUGGGUGAUGAAAGUGAGUUGUCGUCAUUGGUGAGCUCUGAUUCAUCCUCCUCGGCCAAUCAAACCAGAAUCUAUGAAGUAUCCGCAAGUAAUCCAAAUGUGACAACAAAGUGUGAAGUGGUAGAAACCCGCAACACCCAGAUUCAAAGUGAUGCCAACCAGCAACAUCAAAAAUGUGAGCUUGCGCUUCAGUCGAAGGAUCAGCCGCCCAUUGACGAGACCGCACUGUUUCGCAGCCUCGAACCUGCCGAAAGCCAGAAGUUUGAGGAGGAGUUCGAGAAACUGACCUCUGGGGUAGAUGUCAUUGACGAGAAAGAAAUUGAAGAACUUUUAGAAGGUCCUAAGCGUCGAACAAGUGAUGCGUCAUCCACUUCAAACUCAUCCAAAUCCAGCUCCAGCUCCAGCUCCAGAUCGAAUGGAACUCGGAUUGAGGGCUCCAUUCCAUUUGUGGAUGAAGACCUUUCGGAAGCUUUAGUAAAGGAAGAGGACGAGCUCACUUUAUCGGGGAGUCAAAAGAACCCAGAUACUCCCGCUUUCAAGGUCAACAUGGCUGAGGCCGUGAAUCGAAUCGUGGUCGAAAAACCAACCAGGCUCAAUCUGUCUUCAAGGUACAGACCUCCUGCGAGUCUGGCUGCCAGCGAGAAUUUCUCCCCCGAUGAUAACAGUGAUAAAAGCUCUAGCAAGGCCAGUACGACCGUUAUUCGACUCAACCAUGAUGAGAGUCGGGAGCGCAUCGAUUCCGGGUCCUCUGAAAGCGACGACUUUCAAGAUGAGAUUCAGUUUGAUCCCACCAUUUCCAGUGGUCAAAUUGGAUACAAUGAAGGGGGUUUUCGGAACACACCCAUUACUAUGGGCGGACCGAAUGAUCGCAAUUCCACUGCUUUCCCUCCAGACGCUUCCAUUGAUGGCUCCGUCGACAACAUGACACCCACUGAGGCGGAGAAGUUGCUGAGCACAGAACUGAGCGAGAAGCGGCUCUCUGAUGAGCAAGCCAAGGAGGUCGUGGCCUUACUGUCGCCUCCGGAUAAAGAGCUACCACCCCUUCCGUUUGAGUCCAAAGAAGAGGAACAUGGCAUCUCGUCCGAUAUUGGGAGUUCAAUCGAAUCUUACACCUUAACAGCAUCCACGAAACACGAGGUGGACACUCAUCUUCCUGAAACUGGAUCGGCUCUGGAUAAGCUGGACAGUUUGGUCUACCGUUCCAAGUCUCAAGAGCCUGCCAGCUCAGAUUAUGUGUCAGAUGAAUCUUCUGUUCAGCAACCCAAAACCAAGACCAAGUCUAACGCGUCGGGAAUUGCGACAGGUUUCGUACCCGAGAAGAUCCACGAAGUGCACCACGACCAAAAGAGUGGGGUUCACUACUUCUCUGACGGUCAUUAUUGGUUUGAAAUCGCAGCUAUUGACGAGAGCUCGGCCCGUGAACGAUUGCCAGACAAUUUCUACAAGGCCCCGGGUAAGCUGCGGUUCUCGACCGAAGGAAUUCGCCAGUUUUCCACCUUCGGCGUCGACGAAUACGAUCGUCGAAAUGAAGAUGUGGAUCCGGUGGCCGCAUCGGCGGAAUAUGAGCUUGAGAAACGGGUGGAGAAAAUGGACACCUUUCCGGUGAAUCUGAACAAAGGCAAGGACGGAUUAGGUCUGAGCAUCAUUGGCAUGGGUGUUGGUGCGGAUGCAGGUCUGGAAAAACUCGGCAUCUUCAUCAAGACCAUCACGCCCAAUGGGCUGGCUCACCGAGAUGGACGGAUUCAAGUUAACGAUCAAAUCAUUGAAGUGGAUGGUAAUUCUUUGGUGGGUGUGACCCAAGUGUAUGCAGCGUCUGUGUUGAGAAACACAUCGGGAACUGUACAAUUCAUCAUUGGUCGUGACAAGGAUCCGGAAAAUACAACUUGUCCGACAGUCACUCGAGGCAGACAAGGAGAGAGCGGAUUGUCAACGUGAGCUCAUGGCUCAAUUGGAACGCGAAGCCAGUCUGGACUCAAGUGAGGAUCAAACCUCCAUCACCAAUUCAAGUACAGUCGAAGGAGAGCAUACCAUUCAACCUCAGGAGGGACAGAAUGAUUUCCUCAACGAUUUCGACGAGGCCGAGGAACGGGACGAAGAUGACGAGGAGGAAGAAGAUGAUAAAACUUUGGCCACCACGCCGGACGUGGAAUCCAGUAACAUGGUCUUCGGCAAGGAGAGUUUAAACGACGCUCAAAACCUACCCAAUUUCAGUCCUGAGGACAUCAAUUUGCUGAAGAUCAAGCUCGAAGAGGCUCAAACCAGGAACACGGAAAUUGAAGAGGAAAUGGAUCACAUCAAAUCCAAAUUAACCGACAUCUCGAAAGAAGAGGAGGAACUUAGCUCAAACCAAGAAAGUCCUACAUCUGAGAAGAGUGACAGGACUGCCAAAGAAGCUCUGGAGCGCGAAUUCGAAGAGCUACGUCGGAAAUAUAUUCAAGCUAAGAAGGUGAUUGCCGGCUUGAAACGCCACGAAUGCUUCCGUUCACUUCAAUUGCAAGAGCAGAACCGUCUGCUCACGGAUCGCGUGAUCCAGCUCGAACAAGAGCUUGUGAACACCCAGAAAAACGCCGGAAUGCCCGUCAGACUGCCCUAUGAGGAUAGUCUAUUAACCAAGGCUAACAAUCCGGAUUUCUCUAGUCAAAGCCAAUCCAUGUCCAUGGGUCUUCAUUUGGACGAAGACAUCUCGGAAACCGAGCUAGAGGACAUCAGUAUCAGUAGUAGUGGACCCAUCAAAGAAGAGCUGGACAAGCUCUUCCCGUCACACGAUUUGCUAGACAUCUCUGCCAGCAAAUCCAAAGCAGAGCUGGUCCAAAAAAGUGCACUCUCCAAUCGGAGCAAGCCUUCUAUGGACGCCCUUCGCACCAGCAUCUUAAGACGUUCUUUAUCAGCCUCCAGCACAAUUGAAAGCGUUACGGAGAUGAAUCACGGGUCGGAUGAUUUUCAUGAAGGUUUACCGACAAGUGAUAGUGGUUACCAUGCCACGGUUACUCAAGUCACGGCAGUUCGUCAGCAUUUCGGUAAAGCUCCAAUGCCUUUGCCAAGCCAUCCACCCGAGUUCAUGAGACCGGAUUAUCUGGGCGAAUUUCAAAACGGUCAGAAUCAGUCGACGUAUGAGAAUCUCCCUAUUUCCUCACCGCUUCAAGAAAAAGCUCCAAUUGCCUCCUCAACACCCACCACUGCUUCCCCGACGUGGAGCAAGCCUCGAGGAGCGGUGGCCUUACCCGGAUUCGGGACCUCCCCGGGAGCAUCUGGGGGUGUGACCAUGGCAGAUCAACUGAAGUCACGCUUGGAAGAACGUCGAAGAAGUGGCCACAGCAAAGACAGUCCAUCGGCUGCAGUGCACGGAGAUUCCAAUGCCUUUGUGCCUGAGAGCAUUAUAACCAGCAUGGAGCAUGCCGUCAAAGUAGCAAAUGAUAAUGUGCGAAAAAUAUCGCCACCAAUUUCUACCAACAUGUCAUCAUCGUCUUCGUCGUCUUUGGGAUCGAAUCAGGCCACACCUCCACACAUCCAUGCCAUGAAUCCGCAUCAUUCGGUUGUUAUCGCGCAGAAACAUUCCCCUAAUUCGGCUUACAAUGAAAUUGGCCUCCCGCCAAGUAACCCGCAUUUGCACCAACAUAUUUCCUCUCAGCACCAAAUAUCCCACCCUAUUCCCAUUCGAUUCCCCAGCCCAAGUCAAGCUCAGCAGCAACCCCAACAGACUCAGCAGUCGCUCCAUCAAAUGCGAGCUCCGCCUCCGUACCCAAACUACCCGCAUCCGGGGUUCGGAGCAACAGUUUCCUCCACCUCCUCAUCUUCAAGCAACGCCGUGCAGACCGUGUAUGUCAGUAAUAGUCCUCAGGUGGUACCUCAUCCAGCUAGCAUAGGUGCCCAUAUGGGGCACGCCUUACCACCGCCACAUAGUCCCUACCACCCCCAGCACAAUGUUCGUCUACCUGUGUCAUCUGGUGCAGCCUCAGCCGCACCUAUCGUUUCUAGGACUCACAUGGAGGCUCCGCCACCUCCACCUCCACCGUCACAUCAGCCAAUUAGCAGCAAUAAUAAUAUUAAUAACAAUGGUAGCGGUAACAGUAGUGGUGUUGAUGGCAGCAAUCAUCACACAUCGGCUCAAGGCUAUGCAGGAGAAGGACCUCCUCCACUUCAUCCUCAUAGUCAGAGUCAGCCAUAUCAUCACCAGCCUCAGCAGAUUCCCACGUCCCAGGCACAGUUGUUGCUACAGCAAAAGCAGCACCACCAACAGGCUCAGCAACAGCAAUACCAAUAUCAGCAAAUGAUGCUCCAUCAACAACAGCAAGCUGCUUAUCACCAAAAGCAAUCACUGGCCUAUAAACCCUCACAUAUUGAACCAAGCGAUGCCGGCGUUAUUCCUCCCGAAUACAGAACCUCAUUUCAUUCUUCCACGGGUCAUGGGGGGAUUCCGGUGUCAGUGCCCGUCCCGCCUCCACAUGUACCCAUGUUAUCCGGUCCACCAGCUCCCCAAUCCAACUCGCCUCGAGGUUCAGGAACGGGAAGCAGUAACAACAGUCUCAGGUCUAAUGCAGCCGGAUCCGAUCCAAAUUCCCACGGGCGCAAUGAUCGACCCUUGAAUAGUCAAUCAUCCGUGAUGGUGCAAAUGGUGAAAGAACAGCUGUGCCAGUGGCUAUUGGCGAUGGAAAUGCGACACUACUUAACUUAUUUCAUGGAUAGCGAGCUCAGUGAUGAAGACAUUCUCUGUCUGGAUAACAACGGGCUCCGCGAUUUGGGUGUGACGAACAAAAGUGAACGGGAGAAAGUCAGAAAAAAGAUCAAAGAACUCAAGGCUCUCUACGACAAAGACAAGAAGGAGAUGGAAAAGGAACGCAAGCGGAAAGAUAGCUUAUUGAAGAAGGCCGAAAAGGCCAAUCGAAAGAAGUGACGAAGAGCAUAUCUGGACGGAUGAAACUUUUUCCAGUGAUUAUUGAUCUCUCUUUCUUUUCCUCACCAAUUUGAUGAUUCUGCUACUACUUCUCUUGAUGAUGAUACAAUUUACUCCAGUGA